GAGGAGACACUUUGCCCCUACAGUGCAGCCCAACAUCCAGCCAGAGGGUCUCACCUUCCAAGCAGCCAGCCUCACCCAUCUACCUACCUCCUAUCCUGGCGGCUCGGUCCCACCUCCGGCCUGCCAGCUUAUGCCAAGCCAAUGGGGCCUACAGCCGGGAGCAGUUCAAACCUCAAGCCACCCGAGAUCUGGAGAAGGAGAAAUUAAGACUCCAAAAUAUCUUUGCCACUGGGAAAGACCCCGAGGAACGGAAAAGAAAGACCGCUCCUGUGCGACAGCAGGACCCA